AAAGCCGGGCAAGAAUUCCUGAUGCCGCAAAGUGCAGGAUAAACAAGGACGUUGCUGGUACACUUGCCAUGUUAUUAAAAUUGAGCACACCAUUUGUAUAUGUAUAAACCAGAGAUCGCCGGACAUGUUGCCAUGGCGCCGUCUGAUCGGACAGUUCAUCGCCGAGCAAUAUUUUAUGGCUGGAUCCAACAGCUUCCUAGCCUGCGAAUCUGCAUAAAUAUUUAUGAUCUUUCAGACAGUUGGGUGCGUACUGUUUUAAGCAUCUCACAAAAGAGUCUCUUCUCCGGUGCGGCGACCUCCGUCCCUCCCUUGCUCGCGCUUCAUUCUUGUGUCCAUGGCCAGCCUCGUGCACCAGGCGUCCAUGCCGGCGAUGGCGCCGCCAUGCGACGAUGAGCUGGUCCCGCAGGGCUUCAGCUGCUUCGGGCGCUCGCUGUCGCGGGCGUCGUCGUCGAGCCGGCUCGAGUACAGGGCGCUGCAGCACGAGCACGGCGAGGAGAGGCGCGCCGCCGCCGCCGCGCACGACGCGCGGUCGACGCGCGCCAAGCUGCGGUGGAAGGCGGUGGCGCACGAGAUCAUGGCCAAGGGCGGCGGCGGCGGCGCGCGGCGGAGGAAGCAGCAGCAGCAGCAGCAGCUGGCGGCCUUCAGCUACGACUCCCGGAGCUACGCGCUCAACUUCGACCAGGGCGCCGACGAGUAGCAGCAGCAGCAGCAGCAUCUGCAUGCUGGGAGCUUGCUGCGGGCGGCGGGCCUGCUUUCGGCCGGCUGACCCUGCGGGCGGUGCGGAUCGGAGCCUGAAACAGCGCGGUGGAACGUGCGACCCGGGGGAGCAGCGACGACCGG